CACACUCCAGCUGAUCGGCCUCGACUCCCGGUGCGGUCCGUCGGACUGUACGCGGCUAUUAAAUUUAUCUAGUUUUAUUCCUAUUAAAUUCCAAAACACUAUAGUACCCCGCGUUAUCGGCGACGUCUGCUUUGUAUGCCGCCGUUUUUGAAUCGAGGAUUACAUCACGAAAGCUUUCUUGGGAGGCGUCGAGCUGAGGAAGCUGAGGAAUUUGCCCCCACAACAAGCAGGCCGCUAGCUCAUCCCCGGUCUUUCUUAGGGCAGCCCGCCGCGUUCAGACAGCGAUGGGGGACACAGGGAGUGAACGGAGCAAGCCGCCGAGUAACGUUAUACCUCCUCGCUGCCCUUGUGGAUUCUGGGGCUUGCUUGCUUGAGAUGAAACCAAGUGCGUUGAGGAAAAGCAGUAUAAAAGUAUUCUGUCUAGUGAUGCCAGCACUGCAAGAAUUUGAUGAAAUACAACCAGGUUGAUGUUUUAACAUUGACUACCGUACUGAAAUGGCAAGCGAUGCAGAAAGAAGGUCGAGCAAAACCAUGAACCUCUGCUCCAAAUGUUUUGCAGAUAUCCAGAAGAAGCAACCUGACGAAGACUGCGCCUCAGAGCCCACCCCCGGCUCCAGCAAUAGCCAAUCAGCAGUCUUCUGUAACGAGACAAGCAGCAGCAGUAGCCAAACCCUGUCCUCCACGCCAGUCAGCUCUGAGGGGCCUUCGUCAGAUGCCACGCCCCUCUCUGCACAGGAAGAAGCUUCGAGUACAGAUACAGCCCGCGGCACGCUAUCCACUCCCACAAAACGACCCUGUGACGCAGUCUCAGGUUCGGAGAGCGAGGCAUCCCCAGAAAAGCGGGUGCGAGUUGGAGAGCCCUCUGAAGAAUCUCCACGAGGGUCCAAGCAGAAGAACCGCCGGCGUUGCCAUCGCUGCCAAACCAAACUUGAGCUCGUACAACAGGAGCUGGGAUCCUGCCGCUGUGGAUACGUGUUUUGCAUGUUGCACCGGUUGCCGGAGCAGCACGACUGUCUGUUUGACCACCUUGGCCGCGGGAGAGAGGAGGCCGUGCUGAAGAUGGUCAAGCUGGACCGCAAGGUGGGACGGUCCUGCCAGCGCAUUGGAGAGGAGUGCUCCUGAACACACACAUCUACGCACGCACGCACACACACAACGUGGAAGAGGAGAACAGGACAUACAUUCACAACAACAACUCCCUGCCAGUCCCACUUUUCCGUCUUGCCCUGAGGCCAGUGGUGCUUUGACCCUCAAUGCAGCUCCUACCCUCAAAGCACUGCUGAGUCAACCCUGAACUGUAUGACCUUCACCUCACUCACCUAGCACUGUUAAAAACCUGCCUCCUUUCCCACACACACGCACGCACACACACACACAUACAGAUACCCACAUUCUUAUGGCUCUGAUACCCCUCACAGCUGUCUUAAGCCCAUUCCUAUGGACCUUGUUGGAAGACCCCUUCCCCUAGAACACAUCAUCCUGCCCAGAAAAAAGAAAACAGAAAAACCCUCCACUGGCCCUUUUAUGGCCCUCUUGACGUUGUCUGACCUCUGACCUCUCAGCUACUCCAGCUUCCGGCCCACACUGUCCCUUAUUUUCAUCAGCCUUACAUUUCUGUUAUGUUGCAGGCUUUCAAAUGUAGGUCAGUGGGUCAGGGGUCAUUCCUAAGACAAAAUCUCCUGCCUCAAGGUCAUGUACUGAGGAAGGGCUGAUCUGCCACGAACCUUUGACCUCUCCCUCCAUCCCCUCCACUUGAGAAAAGUCUGUGGUUUUUGGAGAACUGCUUUUUAAUCCUUCCCCCCAGACGCUGCGAUCGACCCCAGGGGAACACAUCAGUCGAUUUGAGGCUGUCUGGGAGUCCUCUUGAUCCAACUUCACAAGUCUCCUCCCAUACUACGGACAGAGAAGACGGUCAACUUUGAAAUGGAGAAGGAAUUUGACCCAGGGAGUUAGACGGGGAGGGUCCUUCCUUUCCCAGGUUGGCCUCAGGAGAAGCCACUUGAAGUUCUCCACACACUGGCUCUGCCCUAGCAAACAGGAAGCUACUCUCAUUUUAGAGACACAGCAGUGCCUCUCUUUUCUGUCGUUGCAUACACUCACCCUCACGACAUAUACAUGCUGUUUCAGUUACGUUUUCAUAUAUACAUAUACAUAAAUAAAUAUAUAUUAUAUAUAUUGUUGGGUCCGUGCGCGUGCAGCACAGGGACGGCAAGCUAAAUCAGACGGUACCCAUCGGACUGGGUUCAUUUGGGAUCGGGCCACAGCACAUUUACAGGUUGCCCCAGGGUUUAAUGGGAACUGUAGUUCAGGUCUGAAUAAAAACACACUCUGUAAACUCAUUACAAACUACAACUCCCAUAAGACCCCUCAGACGUAUUGAGCGACGCUCUGCCUCCAGAAAACAGCAGCUGCUUUCAAUGGGAUUGUUCUUUUUGUCUGUUUUUCUUUUUCUCUUUCAAUCCAUCGUUUCUUCCCCACUCUCCCUCUCUCUCCAUCUUCAUUUAGAGACGAUCUCCAUCAGUACAGUUUGUUGCUCCCUCAGCCACCUCUUUUGACAUCUCUCCUUUUCUCCCUCCCACACUCGUACUCUCUUUCUCCAAGAUGCUCAUAUUUUUCUCAUUUCUUUGCAAGAAUGGGGUUUGAGGGAGGCCCAAGUUGGGGUGGGGCAAAAAGGGGCAAGGUAGAGCGCAAAAUUUACCCAUCACUUUUAUACUUUACGCUGUUUUUCCGUUGAGUUGUUGGACGAGGACAGAGCUGACGAAGAUAAGUGAAUAUCCUGUAUCUUAAAAGAAAUCCUUAUUUAACCUUCUUUGUGUUUCUGAUUAACUCUCACUACUGCAUAGAGCUGCAUUUCUUUGCCCUGUUUAGGUUAACAUUGUUAAAAGGUUAAAAAAAACUAUGGAUAAGAGAAUAAUUCUGUAGCCUUUCUUUGGGUUUAUUUGUUUUGUUUUGUUUUUUUUCUUUUUUUCCUUUCUUUCCUCCUUUUUGCUGAAAAAGAAUAAACUGGAUUAGUGAAGAGCGUGGUAGAUUGUUUCUGGUACUUCUAAAUCUUGAGUGUGUCUGGGAUGGUCGGGUGGUAUAACAAUAAUAAGCUUAAAAGUUAUCCAAGGAUUUAAAAUGAUGACCGUAUUUCAAAAUUAUGGUGUCAAAUGUCUGUUCCACAUCUGAGCAGCCAAAUAAACACAUUCCACCCA